AUGGAUGAGAAAACAUUGGUGCUGGAGGGGCUCCCUGAUCAUUUGGAUCACGUAAGAACAAAGUUAGAGCUAUACUUUAGGAAUAAGAGAAAGUCCGGUGGGGAAAUCAAGGAAGUUAGAGAACACCCUGAGGACACACGGAAAGCACUGCUCGUUUACAUCGAUGAUGGGGAUCUUAAGAGAGUGCUUGACAAAGGGAUUCACAAAGUUGAUUUAAAAAACAAAGGAUUAGCUGAGUUAAAAGUAAGUCAACUGGAGGACGGGGGUCCCAAAGCUAAGAAAUGCAAACCUGCACUUUUACCUAAACCCAAACUGCAAAAGCAACAAUGUAAUGAUCGUCUUCCAGGGUUAAAACAUUCCGAAGAGACAGACAAUCGAGUGGACGUGCUUCUAGUGAACAGCACCACGGAGAUUGACAAUGAAACCCUCACACUGUAUUUCGAACAAUUCACCGAGGAUUUUGAAAUCACCAAGAUCGGAAAAAACUGCUGGACAGUGAAACUAGCUAGACAGUCAGAUUUGCAGGCAAUUCUGGACAGGGAAAGACAUGAACUUGGCCUCUCCGUGAGGGUUUACAAACAAGAAGGAACAUGGGACCCUCGACGUUUCAUCUUAAGUGGAUUCAAGGACAGCUGCAAAUGCGAAAUUAUCUCAGUGUUUAUCAACAGCUGCAGUCAAAGUGCGCCACACACUUGGGAAACAAUAGAUGAUGAAGAGAGAAUCAUUGUCACCUUCAAAAAAGAUAUUGAUGUGGAAUCAUUUCUGAGAAAAUGCUCCUCAAAGAAGUUCAAGGGCAUGGAGAUAGGAGCAUCCCGUUUGGAGCUCACAGAUUCUAUCUUGGUCAAAGGAGACAUGACUCGGAUUUCAGAGGAUGCCUUAUUCUUAUAUUUUACCAACAAAAAGAAGAGUCAUGGAGGAGACAUUAAAUCCUUAAUAUGGGUAAACAAGCAUAAGAGUGCAGUCAUAACAUUUGAAGACUGUAAUGUGGCACACCAAGUGGUAGAGAAGAAGCACUGUCCUUUUAACACGGAGCUCAGCACUUCACUGCUCUACUCAGGCCUUCAGAAAGCCUUGACUGGAGAACUUAGGCCCUUGUCAGCCAUUCCCACAGAUAUCAGCAUUGUUGUGAAUGAGGAUCUUAUCAAUUUUAUCAAAAGAAAUGAACAGUGUAAAAAACUGUUUCAAAGCCAGCUCAAAACCAUUCAUGCAAAUUUGCUUUUUGACAAGGCCACUACAUCCAAUGAGAUUGUGCUGGGGAUAGCAGUGGAUAGACAGUCUUUGGCUGCACAACGCCUUAGCUCUACCUGGGAGAGUAAAGCCAGGAGAGAAGCACAAAGUUUUCUAAAUAACUACUGCGUAUCUGAAUUGGCAGCUGAGGCGGAGGUCUGGAAAAAGAUUGAAGAUGACUGUCAGAAACUAAAUUCCCCUGAUACUGAUGUAUUCUAUCAUAAGUCAAGAUCAGCAAUUGUGGUUGUGGGCUUAACGAACACAGUUAAUGCACUUUUUGACCUGAUCAGGAAGCAUGUAGACACUGCAACAGAGGAACUGAAACUGGAGAGGAACACCAUUGAGAGAAGUAUUCAGCUGAACUCUCUAGAUGAGCUCAACUUGAUUGAAGGUUUACUACAUUCCAAGGUCACUGACGUAACAGUUUCCAAAGAUGAAGUCAGUCUGAGCUUUCAUCUGAAGGGUUUGAAGGACAGUGUGAUUGUUGCAGAGCAAGUCAUUCAGGGUUUAGAUAAGCAACCAGUGAAUCUUUCAGAAACAAUGGUAACAUUCCUGAUGUCCCUACACCUAAAGAAAUUUGAGCAGGACUAUUUUGCCCAAAACAACAUCUCAGCUUCAUUUCUCAAAAGCAAGGAUUCUCUUCAGAUCCUUGCAGAGACAGAAAUGAUCCAGAAAGCUGAUCUAAAAUUAAGAGAGGUUCUUAAGGAGGACGUUAUCCAUCUUACACCUGAUCAGACAGCUGCAGUGAAAAGUGAAAGCUGGAUGAGCUUGAUUGCAAACAUUAAAGAUGAAAUGGAAUCUAGCCAAAAUGACCACAAAGUCCAAAUCACACCAUCAGAAGCAAAGAUUGAAGUAUGUGGAUUUUCAAAUGUAGUUGCAGAUGUCUCAAGGAAGCUGAAAGGAUACCUGGAAAAUAAAACACCAGCAACUGAAGAUAUCCCUCUAAAAUCAGUGCGAGAAGUAGAGUUCAUAGACACUUGCAUGAACUUGUCUGAGAUCCCAGAAGUGAAGAACCUUGGUGUGACCAUUCUUGUUUGCAGAACACAGAAUUCCCCUUGCCUUAAAGUUACAGCUGCAAAAGAUAAGAUUAAAGAGGCUGUGGAAGCAGUAAAGAAACAGCUGGUGUCCCUCAUAAUGGAGACACAGACAUAUUCCAAAGCUGGACAGUCUAAAUCGUUGGAAAAACAUGAAGCCAACCUCAAGGCCAAAGCCAAGGAAUUUCAAUGCAAGCUAUAUCUUUCAAAACAAACUGGCAAGACUGGAAUUCCAAAGAGUUUCACUCAUAAAGUAGGAAGUGUAACUCUGACCAUCAUAGAGGGUGAAAUACAUCAUCAUGUUGCUGAUGCUUUGAUUUGCCCUCUGAACAACAACCUGGCCUUUAAUAAUCCCGUUGCCCAAGAGUUCCUCAAAGUUGGAGGUUCACAGAUCAAAGAUGUAUGCGACAGGCGCCAGAACGAGAAACUGCUAGUUGGAAGUGUGGUCUUGAGUAACCCAGGAAAACUUAGGGCAAAGACCCUUAUAUAUGCUUUGUUGCCCCGGUGGGGUCUAAGUGGACAGCCACUAGAUUCUCGCCUCCUGCAGUUAGCCAUAUACGACAGCCUUCAGAAAGCAGAGGAUAAAUCCUGUGUUUCUGUUGCUAUGCCAGCUCUUGGAUGUUGUGGCUUUGGAUUUCCUGUUAAACAGAGUUACAUUGCUGUCAAGGCAGCAAUAGAGCAAUUCUGCCGAAAUCACCAGAAUGCACCAAAGAACUUAAGAAACAUAUUCGUAGUAGAAUCUGAUGUGAAGAUAGUGGAUGAGUUCAAGUCUCAUAUGCAGCAGUGGGGCUCUACUGCAGCCACAGGCACUCCAGCUCCCUCCACAAGCAUUAUUUCUCAAGCUUCCCUGGCAGCUCUGACACUAAAACACGGAUCAGACACAAAAGUGACAGUGCAUGGAGUGACAGUAUCCCUCAAAAAUGGAGAUAUCACCAAAGAGACUGUGGAUGUCAUUGUUAAUUCCAACAGCAGCACUUUGGACCUCAACACUGGUGUCUCAGGUGCCAUCUUGAAAGCAGCAGGCAAAUGUGUGGUAGAGGAAUGCAAGAAGCAUGGUCCCCAGAAAGGAGAUGGGGUGGUGAUGACAGGUGGUGGUUUGCUUAAGUGUAAACACAUUGCCCAGAUGGUUGGCCCCCAAACUGCUGAAGACAUCACAUCCUCCAUACACAAAGUUUUACAACUGUGUGAAAAGGAAAAGACAACCACAGUGGCUAUCCCUGCUAUCGGGACAGGAAGGGGUGGUAUUGAUCCAAAAGAAUCAAUCAAAGCUAUUCUAACUGGACUGGAGAACCAUUUGUUGCGGUCGAAAUCAUCGAGCCUCAAGGAGCUCAGGCUAGUGGCAUUUGAGCAGAGGAUCUUUGACUCAUAUCGUGAUUAUCUCAAAGAAAGAAAUAAAAAGUCAUCUCAUAACACACUCCCUCCAAAUCAAGUCAAAAUCGGUGGCGUCAGAGUUGAGGUGAAGAAAGGAGAUAUCACCACGGAAACUGUUCGUGGCAUUGUGAACACCACCAACAGAGAUAUGAAUUUGAAAGGAGGAGUCUCAGGGGCUAUAUUCAGAGCAGCAGGAAACAGUGUUGAGCUGGAAUGUCAAAAACACGGUCCGUUGCAGGGUGACACAGCUGCAGUGACAAGUGGUGGCAACCUGCAGUGUGACUUUAUCAUUCACAUGGCAGGGCCUCACUCCGCUGCUGAGGCCAGGUCACGGGUGAAGAAAGUUCUGGAGCGUUGCGAGGAGAAUAAGAUCACCACCGUCUCUCUCCCAGCAGUGGGCACUGGUGGAGGUAAGGUUAAAAACGCUGAGGCCAUUAGUGCCAUGCUCCAAGGUUUUGAUGAUCACCUCUCACAUCGUCUCUCCACGGAGAUCAAACUGAUCUAUGUGGUCAUUGAUCGGGAUGAAGUCCUGCAAGAGUUUCUCCAGGGUCUCAAGCAGUGGACUCUCAACGUCCAGAGUAAGGAUGAGGAAGAGGAGGAGGGUGUAACAAAUACAACGGAAGCAAUGAUCGGUCCAUUGAAAGUCAAAGUUCUGUGUGGUGAUAUCACCAAGGAGACAACAGAGGCCAUUGUCAGCAGCACAAAUACAACCCUUAAUCUGAGCACAGGUGUAUCUGGGGCCAUUCUCAAAGCAGCAGGACAAACAGUGGUGGAUGAGUGCAGUGCCCUGGGUACCCAACCAGAUGAUGGUGUGGUUUUAACCAAAGCUGGGAAUCUUCCAACCAAAAAUAUCAUCCAUAUGGUUGGGCAGACCACUGAGAUAAACAUUACCAAAUGCAUGUACAAAGUAAUGCAGAAGUGUGAAGAAAAUAAGAUUACAUCUGUUUCUUUCCCAGCACUUGGAACUGGUGCAGGAAACUUGGCAGCUGCUGCAGUGGCACGUGCAAUGAUCGAUGCUAUCGCCAACUUUUCGAUUGACUCACCAAAAUCUCUAAAUAAUGUUCAUAUUGUAAUAUUCCAAGCAAACAUGCGGUGCGAUUUUGAGGAUGCUUUGAAGAAAUUCAAGAGGAUAAUUCCGAAGCCGUCAAUAGCUGGAGCACACAAACCAACAAAACAAGCACAGUCACAGCCAAGCAACACCAAAGCCAAACUGUGCCUUGCCACUGAGACAGCUGCUAUCAGCUUCCCCAUUAUGGCAGUGGAGAUCUAUGGAAGUUCUUCUGCUGACAUUGCUAAAGUCAAACAAUACAUAGAUGAUCUCAUCUCCGAGGAGUGCACCAGCAAGUAUGUCAACUCAAAGCAUCUCGCCAAUCUUCCUGAGGCUGACAAGGAAGCUAUUGUAGCUCUCAGCCAAACCAACCAAGUACACAUACUUGUAGCUGCUCAGGACAAGCUUACAGUGUCAGGGAAGAAGGAUGAUGUCUUGGAUGCUGUGCUUAAAAUAAACGUCUUCACCCAGAAAGCACAGCAGCAAGAGUUCCAGGAGAGUGAGGAAAAAAGAAUAAGGGAAACACUACGUUGGGAAGUGGGUGCAAUAGAGGCAUGGAAACCACUGGAUUCCAGUAUUAGUUACCAGCUUGAGCUGGCCUACCACAGAAGAGAGCCAAAGCACACAUACCAGUACAAAGGGAAGACCUACACUGUGGACUUCAAGGAAAUGAUGCGGACAGACAGCGGAGGGAAUCAAAGUAGAGUUAAGAGGACUUUGUUGGCUGAUUCUGAUACAGCCAUCAUCCAGCCUCCUCCAACAUGGACUAAAAUGGAUGGAAAAGACUUGAAAAUCAUUAUCCUUCCUUCAACUUCAAAAGAGUACCAGAAAAUAGAAAAACACUUUCUGGCAUCCAGCAAGAACCCACAAGACCCUAAAAAUGUCCAAGUAGUGCAGAUCAGUAGGAUACAGAGCCAGGGACAAUGGCAAAGGUAUGCAGUGUUGAAACAGACUUUGGAUAAAAAAUACCCAAAUCAGGAAAAUGAAAAGAUCCUUUAUCACGGCACCACAAAGGACAUAUGCGAGAAAAUCAACAAGAAUGGCUUCAACCGGAGUUUCUGUGGGAGAAAUGCCACAUAUUAUGGUGACGGAACAUAUUUUGCCAAAGAAUCAUGGUACUCCUGCCAGGACACAUAUUCGAAUCCAGAUGGCAGUGGCCUGAAGUACAUGUACAGAGCUCGGGUCCUGACAGGCUCUCCUUGCCUUGGGAAGCAAGGUAUGAAGGAACCUGACCCCCUGGACCCCAACAACCCUCGUGCCGGUUUACACGACUGUGCCGUCGACAACCUACAGCAGCCUUUCAUCUAUGUGGUCUUCGUCGAUGCUGGGGCAUACCCAGAUUACCUCAUUUCCUUUAAGACAUCUUGAUCUGGUUUGGUUAUACUCUUUGACAUGUUCUCA